AUGGGCCAAGGGAGUAGUAAAAUAGAGGUCACAAAGGCCGAUAAAGCUAUUCUGCAAUUGAAGAUUUCCAAGGAUGAACUUCAUAGGUACACAAAGCGCACGGAGACGCUGAUAUUCAAUGAAAGGGAGAAACUCAAGCGGAUGCUAAGAGAGGACACUAAGAAUGGCACCAAGUCACCUAGGGCACGUAUACUGCUGAAGAAAAUACAUUACCAAAACCACCUUCUGGAGCAAGCAGCAGACCAGCUAAUAAACCUGGAAAAUUUGGUAGCCACAGUAGAAUUCAAACUGGUGGAAAAACAGUUUAUGGUGGGCUUGCAGCAAGGGAAAGAUGUUUUGACUAGGCUAAAUAAGGAGUUCAAGGGUGCGGAGGAUCUCAUGGACUCCGUAGCAGAUCAAAUCGCCUAUCAAGAGGAAAUAGAUCAGGUUCUAUCCUCAAGUCUGAUUGGGGGUUUCGAGGAAGAGUUGGAUAGAGAGCUCCAAGAUUUGGACGAGGAGGUGAAUGGGAGCAAAGAAGAGGCUCCAGUCAAGCUCCCAGAUGUGCCUACAGAGCAUCCAAUUGCAUCUCCAGAACUGCCUUCUACCGAGCACUUGCCUGAGCUUGCCAGCGUUGAAAAUCAGCCGCAAGAGAAACCGCAAAGAGAAGCACAAUUUGCCUAA